AUGGCUCUUGGAGUAUUUGAAAGUGCUUUAAGAACAUUAAAAAGCCCAAAAAUACCAUUCAUAGUAGGUCUGGCAGUUGCGAUUGGUGUUGUGUAUCAUACAUGCGUGUCUCCCUGGCUUCAUCAAGAUGAUUCAAAAAAUCCGCGCAAAGUUUCAAAGCGAUCAAUCAGUUCUCCGGUGAAAGUACGCGUGAAAAAACGAAAGAUUAUAAAAUUAGUUCCUGAGUUAACAGAGUUAAGUCAGAAAAAAAAUGACGUGUCUACGGAAUUUUUGUCCUUUAGAUUUAGAUCCGAUAUUUCUCAAUUGCAAAACAAUACUAUUUACACGACAACCUUGAAAUCUAAAGGAACUCAAACUGAUUUUCCAAAUUUGGUCAAUGCAAUUGAUAACAACAACAACAACAAUAAUUAUAAUAAUAUAAAUGAUUUGCACAGUUCUACUGAAUAUAAAGAGAUUAUAAAAAAUGAUCCACCGGAAAUCGGUGUUACAAUUAAAAAAAAAAUUGUUAAACCUCCGCGCAAGCAUCUACCUUCUCAAACAAAAGCGCAAUUGUCAUUUGUAAUCAAUAGUGAUGACAAAAUUAAUGAUAAUUAUGAUUUGAAGGAUAAACUUUACAAUUCACUGUACCCAGAAGUUGAAAUAAUUCAUUGUGAAGACUCAAAAUCGUUCAAGUCGGUGGUAGACCGAAAAGAUGGCGAUUGUAAUGAAGAAAAUGUAUCAAAAACUCCGGAAAGAGAACAAAGUUACCUAGAAUUAACAAAUUCAUUUGAAAUUGAAAGUAAAAAGCCAAAACUUGUGACGAGUUUCAUAAAAAAGUGUCGGCGAAUGUUAAAUUUCAAUGAUUUAAAUUUGAAUAUUGAGAGUGAGAGGAAAAGUCCAUUGAAAUGUUGGUCGUCAAUUACAUCAGCUUUAGGAAGCCAACCAGCCGGUCACUCAACUUUGAUCGACAUCAAUUUGUCUGGAGUAGCAGCUGGAGGUCAAGAUGAAGACUAUAAUUCACCUAAACAACUAAAAUCCAGUGAAAAGAAGAUUAAUUUUGAUUCGGUUGUUAAAAGUAAAAAUCUUAUCGUGGAAAUGAACUCAAAAGAACGUCCAGAGUCUAGAAUUAUUGAUGAUGAUAAUAAUUUUUGUCAGUAUUGCAGAGAAGUUGAUUUUUACAGUGAUUUAUCGGUGGAUAAAAAUAAAAAUUAUUCCAGCAAAGAGUCUAGUCGUAUUACGGGAUUCGGCAAAGAUUUGCAUCAGUUUUUGAAAGAUGUGAAAUCGAUCUUUAAAAUUCAAGAUAAUUAUCAUAAUUCCGAGGAUAAUGAUGAUACUGGUUGGGUUAAAAUGUCGGCGUUAAGAAGAAAUACGAGUGUCACUUUGAUUAAUAAAAUUAAUCAUAAUAAAGGAUGUUAUAGUUUUAUUUAA